AUGGCUACAUUGGUGGAAGCUCAAAAGUUACGAGCGAUGGCUGCUAGAGCUGCUCUUCAGUCGGCAGAUAAGACUAAGACAUCGGAUUCACGGCAGUUACAAGUAAGAUUGAUAAUCUAA